CCCCUUCCCACAGAGAGCCGGGUCAUGAACAGCUGUGUCCAGGCCAGGAGGACGUGCCAGGCUGAUCCCACUUGCAAGGCUGCCUACCACCGCCUGGAUGCCUGCACCUCUAGCAUAAGCACCCCACUGCCCUCAGAGGAGCCUUCCGUCCCUGCGAAUUGCCUAAAGGCAGCACAACAACUCAGGAACAGCUCUCUGAAAGGCUGCACAUGCCACCGUCGCAUGAAGAACCAGGCUACCUGCCUGGAUAUCUACUGGACCAUUCACCGUGCACGCAGCCUAGGUGACUACGAGCUGGAUGUCUCCCCCUAUGAAGACGCAGUGACCAGCAAACCCUGGAAAAUCAAUCUCAAGGAACUGAACAUGCUCAAACCAGACUGGGACCUCUGCCUCAAGUUCGCUAUGCUGUGCACUCUCAAUGACAAGUGUGACCGGCUGCGCAAGGCCUACGGGGAGGCGUGCUCCGGGCCCCGCUGCCAGCGCCAAGUCUGCCUCGGGCAGCUGCUCACCUUCUUCGAGAAGGCGGCGGAGUCGCACGCGCAGGGAAUGCUGCUGUGCCCGUGCGCGCCCGCCGACCGCCGCUGCGGGGAGCGCCGGCGCAACACCAUCGCCCCGCGCUGCGCGCUGCCGCCCGCCGCCCCCAGCUGCCUGGAGCUGCAGCGCCUCUGCCUCUCCGAGCCGCUGUGCAGAUCACGCCUGGUGGAUUUCCAGACCCACUGCCAUCCCAGGGACAUCCUGGGGACUUGUGCAACCGAGCAGUCCAGAUGUCUACGCGCAUACCUGGGGCUGAUUGGAACUGUCAUGACCCCUAACUUUGUCAGCAGCGUCAACGCCAGUGUUGCUCUCAGCUGCACCUGCCACGGCAGCGGCAACCGGCAGGAGGAGUGCGAACAGCUGGAGGGCUUCUUCUCUCGCAACCCCUGCCUCGCGGAGGCCAUUGCAGCCAAGAUGCAUUUUCACAGCCAACUCUUCUCCCAGGACGGGGCAGACUCUACCUUUUCUGUGAUGGAACGCCAGAAUACAAACCCUGCUCUGAGGUCACUGGCCUGGGCGCCCUCCCUUGUCUCCUGCACACUUACCUUGAUUCUGCUCCUGAGCUUCUGGUAGCUGGCCGUCCCCGGCGGCCCUAUGCCCCUCCACCACACCCAGCCGGACUUGCAGCCUGCGAGGAAAGGACGGCAUCAGGAAGGAGGUGCAGUGCUCAGUGUGGUGACCCUGACCCCGCCCAGCAUGUCCAGUUGGCUCCAGAUGAGGUCACAGUAGAAGCCAGGGGUUAUUACCUGCAGAGCCUUACUGGCUGGGUUCUCGUUCCCCCCACCCCUACCUGCGCUUCUGAUUCAUGCUGUUUCUCCUUAGGACUUGGUGACCACAAUUUAGCCAUAUCUUCUGGUGGUGACCAGCUCUACCAAGCUCUCUCCUGAUCCCUUCCUCCUGCCUACCAGGAUCACCCAGAGUCUAGCAAAUCAGUCAUGCCCUUGCAUUUGCCAGGUAGGCAGGGCUGGGUGUUCCGAGGUAGCCUAGAAAGAUGUGCUCCACUGUGAGGAAGGCUGGAGCAAGGCCCCCGCCCUCUGGUCUCCUCUGAAUGGGGGGUGGGAACCUGCUGCCUGCACUGCUCUGCUCCCAGAUCCUGCAGAAUAUUUGGGCAUCGGGAGCUGGAACCUUUGGGCCUUGCUUUAUUCCUACUACUGUCGCAAAGUUCCCCUGGCCUCUUGGAUCAUGA